AUGAUUCUGGCCUUUUGUUUAUCCAUCCUGGUCGGCCUUCUGCUGGGGGCUCUGGUCUACAUCGCAAUGACUUGGGCGUCAAGAAAGACCGCCUCUGCCAGGAUCACCAGACGCUCCAAGAAGAAGUCCACCCGGACUCAGUCUCAGAACCCGAUGAGCGGCUUGUACCGCAGCACUUUCCUCUCCGUCUACAGACAGCCCUCGGUAGAGCCAGUCGGCCCACUGGGGAGUAAACCAGGAACAGAGACCUCCACCUUCCGACCUCUGCCCAAGAGAAGCAGAGCCAGUCUGGAUAUGGGGCAGGAUACCCAGAUUCCUGAUGAGACCAGCACCACAAACUCGGACUCAGCAGCUCUGGUGCCGAAUAAAAGGCAUUCCUUCUGGUUGGGGAGCAAUGGACUAAAAGGAUUCCUCCCGUCCCAGACCCCCCCACCUGCAUAUGACAGUGUCAUCCAUGCCUAUGAGGAAACUUGCACUUGA